AUGUCUUUGGGGGUUGGCCCAACCGCAGCCUUGGAAGCAGUGGGUGGAACACCAAGCAGAUGGCUUCGUGCUCGACAGAAGAUGAAGUACACAGCGAAGGAGGAGUUCACCACACCAGCCGAAGAGAAGCAGAUCAACAGUCUGUACACAGACUUGUGCAGCAGAGAUGACGAGGUGCGAGAAAAAGCAGCUGAGUCGCUAGCUUCGUUGUGCAAAGGUGAUCGCUUGGCAAAGGCCUUGGCAAAGAAUCUGACGCCCAUGCUGCAUGGUUUGAAAGCUGGUGAAUCUGGACCUGUGAAGUUGGCCAUCCUUGGAGCCUUACGAUCGAUCACGGAGAAGGGUCAUGCCAUAUCCGUGGCUACGCAUGCCUAUGCCCUGCUGCCGUGUUUGAAGGACGAGAACGUCUUGGUCCAAAGGAAGGUCUCAGCCUUGUAUCGAGUGCUGGCAGAAGAGGGGGCCGCUGCGAUGGUGGCCCGAGACGUUACCAGCAUCAUGCUGUGCUUUGAGGUAACACAGGCCAAUGGUGUUUCUCUGAUGGCACCACUAGAAGCCCUUAGUGCCAUUGCUGGUGCGGGAGGAGGAACUGCUGUAGCGAGGGUGGUCGAACGACUCCUUGGUGGCUUGAGGGAUCCUCGUCCAAAAAUCAGAACCAGCACCUGCGCCACCUUGGCCGCUAUCGCUCGGGGAGGUGCCAAGGAACUCUUGGGGUCCUUGGGUCUAUCUGCUGAAGCACAGUCAGAUGUGCUCACAUCAGGGACGCUCUUUGAGAUGUUGGUUGUUGUAGCCCUUGACGACAAGGAUGAUGAAGUCCGUUUGACUGCUGCUGAUGCACUUCGCUGUUUGCCAGAGGCUGAUCCAGACACUUGCGAUCAGACGCGUCAAAGAUUUCCCCAGUUGGUGGAGCGGGUGCAAACGUUGCAGAAGACUGGCUCUGCCAAGGGAGAAGCAAUUGAGAUUAUUUCCAGCGCUAUGGGUAUGACCUCUGGUGAGGCCUGCGUUAUUUGUCAAGAGCCACUUCACUUGGACGGCGGACCCCAGACGCAGAUGCUGGAAAAGCUCACAAAGCAGAUGCAGAUUUGUCUUUCUAAGUUGCAGAAUCCUGAACUGGACGAUAAAGCCAAGGAGAGAUACCAGGACAUGAUUACAACCCUGAAGAACCAGAUGUCAAAGAUCGGGUAUGAUGUGGAUGAGCUAGACGACUUGGGCAAGCGCUCCAAGAGGGAGAGCUAUGUCGAAGUCAAGCGUCCAGAUGGCAGCAUCGCAAAGUCGCGCGGCGAACGCACCUUCUAUGGAGCCUUUGAAGGCGGCUUCAGCGCAGGAUAUUGGGGUACGGUAGGGAGCAAAGAAGGUUGGGAACCAGCUUCCUUCAGCUCGAGCCGUAGCAAGCGUCAUGCUGAUGCUGCUCCAAGAGUUGAAGACUACAUGGAUGAGGAGGACCUACGAGAUCACAGAUCGUCGCGCAAGACCAUAGCAGCCCGUGAUGAAUUUGCAUCUCGACAAGUUCAAGCUCGUGGCAUGGGUUCAGCUGCAUUGACAACAGGAAUUUCACAGGAUUUGGAAGAAGAGCUUUUUGGGGCUCAGCGGCUUGGCACGCGCCUUCUGCGUGCAAGCAUCGUUCCUCAGAAUGAGAAUGACUCCUCGACACCUUCAGCCCCAUCCACUGCUCCCAAAGCCAAAAAGUCAUAUGGCUGUGCUCCACCUCCUCCAGGCUACGCUGCAAAGCCGUCAGAGUCAGCGCAGCCCGACGGAGGUGUAGAGUUGCAACAGUGGCCAGGUAAAAAGCUGGCAACGCUUCAUGCUUCUCAAGCUCCUGCCAUUGAGCGACAACUCGAGGCAGAACUGGAACGACUUUGGCAAAGCAAAACUGACCUCCAUGGAAUCGGCUACUUUCUGGGCGGAGGGUCUGGCUGUGGCAGAAUUCCCAGCAACCGCCGACUCUACAUGUCAACAGCUCGAGCCAAAAAUGUGUCAUCUUCUACGAAGGCAAUUGGAUAUUCCCAAUUCGGGACCGGAGUGCUGGAUCAAGAUGAGUACGAUGUUUGGGAAGAGGUCUACGAGCAUGAGACGGACAAGCGGGUGCACUACCAUCCAGCGUUGAAGGAUGAGGACGUGGAGGAAGUACGUCUUGCAGCUCUAGAUGACAUCAGACCCAGGUCCAAAGAGGGUGCCCCAGAAGAAGUCCCUGGCUUUGUCAAAGCUGAGCUGCCAGACAAGGAGACGCGUGAUUUCUCCAGAUGGCAUCCACCACCAGUGCCUCGUGGCUACAAGGGCGUCCAUCUGAUAGAAGUGUCUCCACUGCAGGAAGCCCAAGAAGGGAGCAAAGAACACCAACAACUGUUAGAAUUCCAAGACAAGCAUGGUCAGCAGCGGCUGAUGGAUCCUGCAUUCCGAGCCCAGCUUUUGGGAGAGCAAACUCGUCCCAAAGAGGCCGAAGCAGAAGCAUCAGAAGCCAAGGUAGCUGCACCUCCUGGACCACCAACUGAGGAGGAUCAGCAAAGAUCCAUUCAACGAUCUGCUGAACCUCUGUGGCAAGCUGUACCAGAGCAUCAGAAGCAAAAUUUGCUGAAUGCAUUGGGCAGGAACUUUGUCAUUGGCGCCACCCAGGACAUGGAUGGAAAGGCUGCUCGUCACGAGCCUUUCAAGAAUGACCCAAGCAAGCAAAAGCGCUAUGCAAAGUUCUGCCUUGCCAUGGAAGGCAGGGCGGCUUUUUCGGAGGCGCUGAAGGAGUCGCAUGGCCUCAGCGAGGUUGAACGUGAGACAGAGCUUCAGGAGUUCGGCCGCGUCUACAGAUCCUUCAGGCAGCAGAAUCCAGAUGCAGACAUAGCGAAAGCUUUGGAGGAGAAGGGCUCCGCACAGCCUUCAGCUCCCCUCAUUCGCAGGACAGUCACCCCGUGGGCUCCAGACAAAUUACUGUGCAGGCGGUGGGGUGUGCCUGAGCCGCGGCCAAGUGGCUUUAGUGACCGCCCAGCUGCUGAGCCAAAGAAGCAACAGCGCAAAUACAACGAGCAGGUCAAGGGCAAAGAAACCAAAAAGCCUGCAGAGGUCGCUGCAGCGGCUGAGCAAGCCGGGCGUAAGCCUGUCGCUGAUCCUGCUCCAAAUCUGGCCGUUGCCGAGAGCGGUGAGCUGACACGUCCACCCAAGUCUUUGUUUACAUCCAUUUUCGGAGAUGAUGACGAUUAGCUCCGCCAAGAAAAGAGUGAG